AAAUAGGGGCACAAAAGUUAGGCACAAAACCCUACCCAAAGAAGUAGAGAGAGAAAAGGACAAGAGAGAGAGAGAAAAAGAGAAAUAAAGAGUCUCUCGCUCCCCCACGUUGAUGCCUGCGCCUUUCACGGGCCUUUCUCUAUCAUUCAAUUAAUCCUCUCUCUCUCUCAAUGGACUUUUGUCUUCUCACUGCCCUGAUGCCAAAACCAAACAUUUUGGGCCAGGCAGCAUGGGUGGUAUCCUAGGCAAGUGCCAUGGCAAGGAGGGGCGAGCACAAGUCCAGGCAUUGAACAGAAGGAUAGAUGAACUCGAGGCUAAGCUCAGGCAAGUCACCUACAAGAGAGCCUGUGAAAAGAGGGCCCAAGUUCGCAGAGAAGCGGCUUGGUCACGGGAGCGGGCGCAAAUGCAAGAGCAAUUGGACGCGCUCUCGGAGUGCUGGGCGUGGUGUCGAGAGGGGGAGGGAGAGGGAGAAGGGGUGGUUGGUGUGAAGGUGAUGGCUGGGAUGAUGAGGGAGGAGCAGGCUAGACACGACGAGGCGGUGGAGAGAUGGAAGCGUCUGUAUCUCGCGAUCAAGUCGGAGCUCGACCACCUCGUCCAGAGGGCCGCGGCCACCAGUGCAAUUGUGCCUACACCAACAGUGUCCCCUAAAAAGGAAGGAUGGUGCAUGAGCGGGAAGGAGAUAGAGAGAAUGGAAAUGGAAUUGAAGUGCAAGGAUGAGUUGAUAGAAGGACUGAGGGCAAGCCUACGGAGCUCGGAGAGGGAGGUCGAUAUCUUGAAGCAGAGCCUUCGCAUCCUCACCAAUAGCUCCAAUUCCAAACCGGUCCUAAAGGUCCUCCCUCAUUCUCUUUUGAUGGGGAGUUGCACCUUUUAGCAAUAUAUAAAUACCGGUUUCACCACUCUCAGUGUUUCUUACUCCAAUAGGUCUUGUGGCUCCAUCCUCUUAUAUUUAAAUACUUCGAUAAAUAUUUUGUAUGAACACCUUAGCUUAAAUUAUUUAUUUAUCUGCUUGCC